AAAAAGCAUAAAUCACAAUCAUGUGACUGCGGGAUGCUGUAAAUGGUGGGCUGAUCAUGUGACCACGGGGAGGGAGCCGAUGAGCUUUGAAUGGAGGUCGUAAAGGUCCAUUGUAAGGGCACAAAGAAACCGGUCGUAAGUUGAGGACUUACCUGUCAAUGAAUUUAACAACAUAAAAUCACAGCCAGCCAGCAGCAGAAUUCUCUCUGGAGCAUCUCAAAACAGCCUGGGAGCAACAGCGAUGGAGGAGCAGAGGCGUGUGGUAAUCAAAGAAGAAGAGAGAACCGAGAGUGGGGGAAGAGACCCUUUCAUUGUCCAAGUCAGGACCAUUGGGGACUCUUUGACCGGGGCUGGCCCAUCCCACAUUAAGAUGGAGUCACAGGAGGAAAUCCACCAACGCUGGGAUUUUCAAUGGCAGGAAUUCUUGAAAAGAGUGGCAGCGCUCCCCGCCGCUCUGCCUCCCUUGGACGACGAUGCCAGGGGUUUCCAGGUCCCCUGGGGGAGAAUUAAGGAAAAUCCUCCCGGGGAGAGUUCUGGGGAAGCCAGAGGGGAAUCCGUGCUCCAAAGGGAUCCGAACAUCAGUGGGAAAGCUUGGAUGGACAGGGAGAAGCUGGAUUUCUGCAUGAAGGUGAAGGUGGAAGAGUCCAUGGAGGAAGUUGACCUGGGGAGCCAGUGGCCCCUGCAGCUCAGGCAGUUCGGUCCGCAGGAUGCUGAGCAGCACCAGGAGAUACCUUCCAAGAGAAAACACCCUGUUUCAGCUGAAGCGAGUAGCAAGAAGCAAAGGAAAGCCAUCGAUCUCAAUUUGAAGAUGAAGAUCAUCAAAGCGUACGAGGCCGGGAAGAAGGUGACUAAAAUAGCGCGAGAGGUAGGCCUGGCCCACUCCACCAUCUCCACCAUUUUGAAGGAUAAAGCGAGGAUCAGAGAGGCGCUAAAAGGAGCAGCUGGCAUGAACACAAGUAUAACAAGGCAACGAAAAGGCCUCAUCCACGAAAUGGAGAAACUCCUCAUCCUCUGGAUUGAAGAUCGGAUACAGAAGAGGCUGCCGGUGAGCCUCCUCCUCAUUCAGAAUAAAGCCCGCAGCAUUUUCUUAAUGCUGAAGGAACAAACGGGCGAGGAGUGCACCGAAAUAUUCACAGCCAGCCACGGCUGGUUUAUGCGAUUCCAGCAAAGAUUUCAUUACCAGAAAACGCACCCGUCAGGUGAUGCGGUGAGGGCCGAUGAAGAAGCUGCCAGACACUUUCUGAAUGAACUCGAUGGGAUCAUAGCGGAAGGGAACUAUUUCGCGGAACAGAUAUUCAGAGUGGACGAAACUGGGUUGUAUUGGAAAAGAAUGCCGGAGCGGACCUACAUACACAGGGAAGCCCAAGCAAUGCCUGGGUGCAAAGCAUUCAAGGACAGAGUAACCUUACUCUUGGGUGGAAACGUCGCCGGAUUCAAGCUGACGCCAUUCCUGAUCCUUAAAUCAGAUCACGCCUGUAUGUUCGAAAACAUAAGCCAGGACACGCUGCCCGUUUAUUACCGAUUUGAUUGGAAGGCCUGGAUGACGCCUGUCCUUUUUGAGGAUUGGUUUACGAAUUGUUUCAUACCCCAAGUAAAGGAAUAUUGUGAACAAAAGGGGAUUCCUUUUAAAAUUCUCCUCCUCCUAGACAAAGCACCCGGACAUCCCCCACAUCCUGACAGUCUCCACCCCGAUGUAAAGGUAGUUUAUCUACCCCAAAACACCUCAGCUCUCCUACAGCCUGUGGGAAUGGGGAUGAUCUCGGCAUUCAAGAUGUACUAUUUGCACGCAGUGUUUGCCAAAGCCUUAGCCGCGAUGGAAUAUGAUAGAGUAACGGUGCGCGAGUUUUGGAAAAACUACAAUAUCCUGCAUUGCAUUGAAAACAUUGCAAUCGCCUGGCAGGAUGUGAGUGGGAAAAGUAUGCAAGAGUUUUGGAGAAAGUGUUUAAAACGUUUUGUUGCUCUCACAAGCAACUUUGAGCUAUUUCACCGAAUCCCAAAUUUGGACGAAAUAAAUCGGAAAAUUUUGACGCUCACGGGAUUCCUUGAUUUAGAGGUCAAUGCCGAAGACGUGAAAAAUUUGGUGGCUUAUACGGAAGGGGAGCUAUCCAACGAAGAUUUAAUUGAACUGAAGGAAGAACUGGAAGCCCAAAAGAUCGUGGAAGAAGAGGUGGAGAAAGAAGAAAGGAAAGAAGAAAGGAAAGAAGAAAGGAAAGUUGUGGAGAUGCGGCCCAAAACGUUCAGCCUGAGAAGAUUGGCCAGUGUUUUCUCGAGUGUGAACAAAAUUUUAUCCGAAUUAGAGAGCAUGGAUCCGGAUGUGGAACGUUUUAGAAGGGUACACUGGGAAAUGUGUGAAAUCUUAAAAUGUUACCGCGAAAUAUAUGAAGGAAAAAAGAAAGAAAAGAAUGAUAAAGAAAACAAACAGAGCGGGUUGCUGAAGAAAGUUACUCCUCCCCCAGCUCCCCUUCCCUACCCUUUGCCCUUCCCAUCUACAGGAACACAAAGCCCAGAAGAUCCACAGCCGUCAACCAGCUACGCCAGUGGAACUGAUGUUCCUGAAAACACAGACAACUAUGAAUAUUUUCAAGGAUUUAUAUCCAAUCUGAUGCUUACAGGCAUCCCAAUCCCAGCAUUAUACGAUACUAAUAUCUCCCCAAUUGGAGGAAGAGGCCUUGGAGAUUGUGAAGGGGAAGCGUUCCCUGGAGAUAAAGCAAGAGAAUGAAGAGGAGGCCAACUCACUAGAAUAUGGUGGAUAUGGGACAACUCAUAACAAGAAGACCUUCCAGGUGGGAAGAUCUGAAGAAAUAGAUUUUGGAAGAUUCCAUUAAAAGGAGUCAAACGAUCACUUCUCUGGGGUUCCAGGAUUAAAGAAAGCCAGUACAUCCACCAGGAGUACGAAGGCAGACAGCAAAGAAAGCCAAUGAAACUUUCCUGCCUGAAGAUGGCAAUCAAAGUUUGAACGAAGCCAAUUUUCAGCGGGGGCACCAAGUCUGGAUUUAAGAGGCGCCUGGGAUGAUGUGCAACUAUCAGUGUUUGAAUGUGCAAGUAAAGGAUAACUGCGUAAAUAAUAUACUCUUUGAGAACAUUAACAGCAAACCCCAUUUAUUCCACAGGGAAAACCCUCAACAAGAAAAAAAAAAUCAUGUUUGCUCAGAGCGUGGAAUUUUUUUUGGUUCUAAGCAAAUCUCCUGAAGACCAUCCAAACCGGAAGGAAGCCACAUAAGCCUUCAAACUGCAGGAGAAGUUUCACCGCAGAAUCAACUCUGAUUAAACAUGAGAAGUUCUACGCGUGAGAGAAGCUGUACACAUGCACUGAAUGUGGAAAAAACUUUCUGGGGAAAAGGGCAUUCUGGUCAAGUUUCUGAGGGGGGGGGAAUGCCACAUAAAUGCGCUCAACUGCAGCAAAAGUUUCAUUGGGUGAGAUGCCCUCAUCAAACACAAGCGAAGGAGAGAAGCUGUAUGAAUGCUUCCAAGUUUAAAAGCUGCCAUCUUUUAAACACCCCAGGGUGAGAAGCAUCACAAGUAUUUAUUUAGACCUUGGCAAAAGCUUCAACGAGAGAGGAAGGCUGGUGAAAAAUGAAGCAUGACAGAAGUGGUAUCAGCGCUUAGGCAGAAUGCAGAUCUUCAAUCACAGCUUGUGUUCUACACAAGAGCCAACCUAGGAGAAGCCACAGGGGGUGUGUCCUCAAUGCGAAAAGACUUUCUUUGUAGCUCACAUCUCAGAAAGCCUAUCGUGGUGCACACGCGCACACCGGAAGCCCCAUAAAGUUUUUCUGUGGCGGGAAAAUAUCCAUUAGAAAAUGGCCUGCCAGUGGAUUAAUCCCUGAGGGAAACCAUCAAGAUGCUCAGUGGGAGAGAAAGGUUCUGUUCAUUCCUCCAUGCUUCGUAAACACUCAGAAGCGACGUCCUGGAGGACAAGGUUGGUGUUCGGGUCUACCAUGCAUUCUCAGAGAUAGUGAAGACGAUACUAACAUUGGGGGGAAACAUCAGACAGCAGAGAGGAAGCACAAGGAACAAGGAUGAUGGCUUUGAAAAAUAUUGACACAUUAAAGUGUUAUAAAGAA